CUGAAGAGCAGACAGUAUCUCUCGAACCUCCAGCCAAGUAGGAAGGCGGCUCCCUCCUGGCUGGCUCUGUGGUGACUGGAAUUGCACGAACUAGGAGAGACAAAUUGGUGGAGAAGUGUUUCUGCGAAAGGAUACAAGAACUUGUGGUUCUGUGCCAGCGGGAAGCUAUGGAUCGACGGAAGGAGCGGAGUGCAUUGCUGUGUUUCGCGGCGUUGCUUAUGGUCAGUCCGGCGACCAGGGCUGACAACCAAACCGAAGCGUCCGAGAGAGGGAGGCGACAGGUGUACCACCUUUCCCACGGCGCCCCUGCUCCCGCUCUGCACCUCGGGGUUGGUGCCUAUGGGCUUCAUGUUCCUCAGCAUCGCAACCCCUACAGCGUGUACCCCCCUCAUGUCCCGACCGCCUACUUCACGCCCUACUCGGUCUACGCCGCCAGCCCGACCCUGCCCGUCACGCCCGUGCCGCAGACGUAUCACCUGUCGCAGUCGAGUCGCAAACCGGCCCACGCGACUGUGUCCAAGACCACGGGAAUCAAGCGGCCGCCCAAGGUGUCGAAGGCGCCUCUGAAGGGAGUGUCGGUGACGCCCGCGCCCUUCCUGCCCCACCCGCAGCACGUCACUCCGGCGCCGCAUGUCUACGCCCACGUGACACACGCGCCGCCCGUCGUCUCCGCCUACCUCCCCUCCCCGCCACGCCCCGCGAAGGGCUGCCCGGGCCGCGACUACUGCAUGCCCCUCGUGGCCUGCGCUCCCCAAUUCGCCUACAUCGCGCCGAAGGACUCGUGCCCGCUCUACGGGGGCGACUAUGGCGUCUGUUGCCCUCCCGAGCUGGUGCUAUCGCACUCGCAGCAGCUGUUCAGCCAGCCUGAAAUCAAGGUCGCCAUCCAGCCCAUCACCGAGGACCAGCUGGACGAGGCUGCAAGAGCUGGUCUCUGGGAGCUCGUGGAGAGGGACAUCCUCGAAAAGUCCCUGCGCUCAAGGAGAAUCGAAGUGGCUGACCCAAGGAACCCGGAGUACACGCACUUGCAGUUCUUCAGGACGUCGCCUCUGGCCAUCAAGCUCAGCAGGGACGCCAUUACGAACGCGGAGGCAGGCGACCAUCUCAUGACUAAGCUCCGUCUGACCCCCGAGCAAGCAGGAUACGGUCUGCAGCAAUUCAGCGUGAGAGACACCAUCAUAUCCAGCACGUGCCCUGCCCCGCCACCUUGCGGCGAAAAGGAGAAGUAUUACCGCACCAUCGACGGGUCCUGCAACAACCUCGACAACCCGACUUGGGGUCAAGCCAGGACGACCUUCCAGAGACUCAAACCCCCGAAGUACAGUGACGGUCUCUUCCGCCCCCGCGAAGGCCGCGACGGCAGCCCUCUUCCCUCCGCCCGCGUCGUCAGCAUCAGCACAGUCGUCGACGCAGACCGGCCGCAGCUCGACCUCACGCUGUCCGUGAUGCAAUGGGGACAGUUCAUCGACCACGACCUCGCUCACACGCCCAUCUUCAGGCUCGGCAACGAGAGCGGCAUCGAGUGCUGCAGCGAGUCCCAGAGCUUCAUCGACCCUUCGUUCCGCCACCCGGGCUGCUUCCCCAUCGAGAUCCCCGCCGACGACCCCUUCUUCAGCAGAUUCCGAAGGCGCUGCAUGAACUUCGUCAGGUCGAUGUGGGCGCCGCGAGGAGCUUGCAACUUCGGUUAUGCCGAGCAGAUGAACCAGAUCACACACUUCCUCGACACCUCCAACGUCUACGGUUCGAGCAAGGAGGAGGAGGAGGAGGUGAGGCUAGGGCGCGGAGGACUCCUGAAGGUGCAGGAGAACCGGCUCCUUCCCGCCCACGAGGAGGCCCAAGAAUGCGAGUCCAGAGGCGAGGGCUUCCACUGCUUCCUCGCGGGAGACAACCGCGUGAACGAGCAGACCGACCUGUCCGUCAUCCACACCAUCUGGAUGAGGGAGCACAACCGCCUGGCUCGGGAGCUGGCUCGCCUCAACCCGCACUGGUCCGACGAAACCAUCUACCAGGAGACGCGAAGGAUCGUCAACGCCAUGUACCAGCACAUUAUCUACAACGAAUGGCUGCCCAUCAUCCUCGGUACCGACUACAUGGCCGAGAACGGAAUCCUGCCGCGCCGCCAGGGCUUCUCCAACGACUACGACGACGACCUCAACGCCGCCAUCUUCAACGAGUUCGCCACGGCCGCCUUCAGGUUCGGCCACACGCUCGUCCAGGGAAUGCUAGAAUUGUUUGGCAAGCAGGGACACCGCACCGAGACCCUAGAACUCCACGAACAGUUCAACAACCCGAAGCUGCUCUACACACCCGGGAAGCUGGACGAGUUCCUGAGGGGCCUCGCCACGCAGCCCAUCCAGAUGACGGACAACUUCGUCUCGGCGGAGCUCACCAACAGGCUCUUCCAGACGCCGACCAUGCCCUUCGGAAUGGAUCUGGUGGCCCUGAACAUCCAGCGAGGUCGAGACCACGCCAUCGCGCCCUACAACCACCUGAGGGAGGCGUGCGGGCUCCCCAAGGCGAACACCUUCGACGACCUCCUCGAUGUGCUCUCUCCUGAGGUUGUCAACACGUUCAAGCUGCUCUACCGCUCCGUGGACGACAUUGAUCCCUUCAUCGCCGGAAUCGCCGAGAGACACGCCAGCGGAUCCAUCCUCGGCCCCACCUUCCGGUGCAUUGUCGGGGAUCAGUUCAUCAGGCUGAGGAGAGGAGAUCGGUUCUUCUAUGAAUUUGCUGAUAUGCCAACUUCCUUCACAGAAGCCCAACUGUACGAGAUCAAGAAGGCUUCGUGGGCGCGUAUUUUGUGCGACAACGGAGACAUGGUGAUGCAGAUGCAGCCGCUCGCCAUGAGGACCCCGGGAGGACUCAACCAGCGGGUGUCCUGCGACAGCUCGGCGAUACCCAAGCUGGACCUCACUCCCUGGAUCAGCGCCGCGUAGUCGUAGUUAGGAUAAGACGUAAAAAA